CACUGACUGGCACUGUUAGGUGGCACUGACUUGCACUGUUAGGCAGCACUGAUAGGCAGCACUGACGGGCACUGAUAGGCGGCACUGACUGGCACUGAUAGGUGACACUGAAAGGCAGCUCAGGUGGGCACUGGUAGGCACUGAUAUGUGACACUUAUGAUGGACACUGACAGGUGUCACUGCUGGGGCUACACUGAUCAUCAGAGCACACUGAUCAUCAGUGCCCUGAUGAUCACUGUCACCAUGACAGCUCGUGAGGAGAGAAAUGCCGAUAAUCGGCUUUUUCCUAUUUACAUGCGAUCAGCUGUGAUUGGA